AAACUUCUCUCCAUCUCUUGCGGCCACUUCUUAGGCCUCACCCCACUAACCAUGGCUCUCUGGAUCCUAUCACUGCCUCUCCUGGCCCUUCUUGCUCUUUCUGGCCCGGGGACCAGCCAUGCAGCUGCCAACCAGCACCUCUGCGGCUCCCACUUGGUGGAGGCUCUCUACCUGGUGUGUGGAGAGCGGGGUUUCUUCUACUCCCCCAAAGCACGACGGGAUGUUGAGCAGCCUCUAGUGACCGGUCCUUUGCACGGUGAGGUAGGAGAGCUGCCCUUCCAGCCAGAGGAAUUUCAGAAAGUGAAGCGAGGGAUUGUUGAGCAAUGCUGCCACAACACCUGCUCCCUCUACCAACUGGAAAACUACUGCAACUAG